AUGUCAUUCUCCACCGCCGUCUGUCGAGGAGGAGCAGGCGUCACCGGGAAGAUGGGCCCGUCCUGGGAGAAGACUCUAAACCCCCAACCCCCUCAGAACUCUGACCACCCCCUCAGAAGAAGAAGAAGAAGAGAGAGAUACGCCAUCGACAAAAGGAGCGAGGGCGCCAGAGCCUUUCGGAUAGACCCGCACAACGGCACCGUGAGUCUGGCCACGGCGUUGGACCGGGAGAGCUUGGACUGGCACAACGUGACGGUCACAGCCACGGAAACAAAGUCACCCUGA